GGCUAAGUCCUAGAAGGUGGCAAUUUUCCUGGGUCGGCUGCGCGGGGAGCAGGUGGAAAGGCCCGCCUGGCCGGCCGGGGCUUCGGCCUCAGGCUCCGGGAAAUGGCUUCGAGGGGCAGGAUGGAGGACGGUUCUUUGGAUCUCACCCAAAGUAUUGAAGAUGACCCCCUUCUGGACACCCAGCAUCUCCCACAUCAUUCAUUACAUGCCCAGUUUAGACCCAGAUUCCAUCCUCUUCCUACAGUCAUCAUAGCAAAUCUUCUCUUAUUAAUACAUGUUGUAUUUGUCAUUUUAGCAUUUUUAACAGGUGUACUUUGCUCUUACCCUAAUCCAAUUGAGGACAAGUGCCCAGGGAACUAUAUCAACCCAUUGAAAGUUCAGACAGUCAUAAUCCUUGGAAAAGUUAUUUUGUGGAUUCUGCAUUUCCUUCUUGAACGCUACAUCCAGUACCACCACAACAAAGUCAGAAACCGAGGCUAUAACACGAUCUACCUAUCCACAAGGCAUCUUAAAGGACUUGCACUGAUGAUACACUCAACCGGCAGCACGGCUCUCCUCCUCGUGCUGUGCGUGCAGCACUCCUUCCCGGAGCCCAGCAGGUUGUAUCUUGACCUCAUCCUGGCCAUCCUGGCCCUGGAACUCAUCUGUUCCCUGACAUGUCUGCUCGUUUACACAGUGAAAAUUCGAAAAUUUAAUAAAGCCAAACCACAGCCUGAUGUACUUGAAGAAGAAAAAAUCUAUGCUUACCCCAGCAAUAUUACCUCGGAGACUGGAUUCAGGACUAUUUCAAGCCUAGAAGACAUUGUUGAAAAGCAAGGAGACAUAAUCGCCUACCUGAAGCGACACAAUGCCCUGCUGAGUAAGCGCUUGUUGACUUUCACUUCCUCUGACCUCGACUCUCCGCCUAGUCACGCGUGAGAGGCUCAAGGUCAGGACAGCAGUUGCAGAGGAAUGCAGAGGAAUCUAAGACUGACUGGACGACCUGACAAGCUGUCCUCGGGAAUGUCAGUUUUGGCCAGAUAACAUUUGACAGUUUUUGUUGGAAGCCUGAAUUUCGCUCUCACCUGUGUGGCUGUUUAGUAGGUGGGACUUGUGGGUCACUUGAAAGGUACUUCGUAGAGCCCGGAUAACUCGAGGAAAACACGUGUGUUUGCACAUUUUGAAGUUGUUUAACUGUCUGGUUUAUCCUAAGAUCAAAGGUAUAGUUUAAACAUCUUCUCGCCCAACAUUAGAACCCGGUAAUAAUUUGGCUAUUUAUAGGGAGGAAAUCUGACAUGAUGAUCCGGUUGAAACAAGGGUUUGAUCAAAUAAGUUCUUUCCACUCUUAAAGUGAUGAGAGAAGUCAGUAGUUUUUAUGGUUAAUGUUGUUUUCCCCUGCAGAGCCUCCUCAUGUACUGAACAUGCUUGUGUGGUAUGGGAUUACAGUUUGGCCCAGGUAGCUCUUAUGGAGAAUUUCCUCUUUGUAAGACCAGUCUCACUAGGUGAUUUACUAUGCAAACUCCUACAGUUUUCCAUUCUCCAGAAAUAUGAUAAUCAAGAUUACUUAGACCAGUGUCAGACUGACCAGUGUUGCUCGUUACAUCAGCAGCACCUUCCAUUGGCAACAGCUGAAAUACUUUGGAGAAAACUUGAGAACGUUCCCUUUAUUUUAAUCCUUCUUCAAAAAGUUGCCAUGUGUUUCAGUAUUGACUAUACCUUGAUUAGAUCAAGAAAGGUAUGUUCUGUGGCUUUACGUUGGUCUAAAAAGAACCUUUUUUAGCCUUGAAUUACACUUUCUUAAGUUUUAUUUAUUUAAGUAAUCUCUACACCCAAUGUGAGGCUCGAACUCAGAACCCAGAGAUCAAGAGUCACAAGCUCUUCCAACUGAGCCAGCCAGGCCCCCCUUGGAGUAUACUUUUAAAUUAUGAGAAUGAGGUGUCAUAUAAACUUGCAUAUAGAUAUUAAUCAUAUCUAAUUCUCCAGAUGAAAUGAAGCAUUUUUAUGAGUAAAGGGCAUUAUUUCCCCAGUUUUCCUAGUUUGCCCCUUUAAUUUAUCCAUUUGCAUUAGCACCUUUAUAUACUGCCCUAGAAAGCUUAAUAGGAUGGGAGGGGACAUUUGUGAUCAUGUCUGUUGGUCAUUAGCCGAAUAAUCAAGACCUCAUUUGAAAACCCGUAAGCUAUACACAACUAUUUGGCAGGGGAUGUAUUGAUUUGGUCACAUCCAGGUACUUAGGAGGGCGAACACCAGUUUCCUUUAGAUCUAGUCAUUGAUGGGACAUUCUAAAAGCUUUCUACCAAGGUAAAAGUGUUGGUGUGUCACCUGUAGGCAAUCUCCUUGAGGCCUCAAAAUGACAACGUUCACAAACUAAAGCCAAAAUUAUAUUUUUUAAAAUUCAGAUCGUAUCCAAGUUUCCUGACUUAUCUUCUCUCCCUUCUUUUUUGUUCUUUUUUUCUUUCUUUUAAAUAAGUCUAUCUCAAAGCCAUUGCCUUCUCUGGAAAUCUGUCUCUGUGUUCUGGAAGAAGCUAUAAACUGCCUUUGUUGGUCUGCAGCCUCCUCAGGAGCUUCCUGGGUAUAAUCUGAAACUGGCCCUUGUACAUGGAGGGCUGGGAGAGACCAAAGAAAGAGGCAGACCCCUCCAGACUGGUAGGUAGGGGCUUUAAUAAACAAGGGAACUUACUUGUUACAAGGCUUGUCUUGGGUGCCUACAGGGUGAGCAGAUCCCUGCAUCCGCCUGCCAGAAUCAUGAAAGUUUAUAAAGAGGCCUUAACUGGGGGCGCCUGGGUGGCUCAGUCGCUGAGCGUCUGCCU